UCACAGCAUCAUGCAGCAGGUCAAACAAGGCACCUCCUAGUAUUGCAUCCUACAGACUGUGCUGUAAACAUCAAAAGAGGAUGGUGUGAGCAGGAGAUGCAGAUCUGGAAGGAGUUAUGGACUAGAUCUCUCGAUGAUAGCCAUGGAAGUAGCACUUUCCCCCAUCAUGCCUCAGGAACUGGAUUCUGUAGCAGCUGAUGCAUCCCCCAUGCUCAUCAACAUGACUCCCACUACUGAGAAGGAAAGCAGGGAAGAUGCAAUGAAAGACCUUGAUUCUGGGCAGCAAUAUGAAAAGCCUCCCCCUCUCCACACUGGAGCUGACUGGAAGAUUGUUCUCCACUUGCCUGAGAUUGAGACAUGGCUCCGGAUGACAUCAGAAAGGGUCAGGGAUCUGACUUACUCAGUCCAGCAAGACUCAGAAAGCAAGCAUGUGGAUGUUCAUUUGGUGCAGCUAAAAGAUAUAUGUGAAGAUAUCUCAGAUCAUGUUGAACAAAUCCAUGCUCUUCUGGAGACUGAAUUUUCCCUGAAGCUUCUGUCUUACUCUGUCAAUGUGAUUGUUGACAUCCACACAGUACAGCUUCUUUGGCACCAGCUUCGAGUUUCUGUCCUGGUUCUGAGAGAGAGAAUUCUACAGGGACUGCAGGAUGCCAACGGGAAUUACACCCGGCAGACUGAUAUUCUACAAGCCUUUUCAGAGGAAACAAAGGAGGAUCGUCUUGACUCUUUAACAGAAGUGGAUGACUCUGGACAGCUAACUAUCAAAUGCUCUCAAAAUUACUUGUCCCUAGAUUGUGGAAUUACUGCAUUUGAACUGUCAGACUACAGUCCCAGUGAGGACUUGCUUGGUGCUCUUGGUGACAUGACCUCCAGUCAAGCAAAAGUGAAACCAUUUGAGUCUUGGAGCUGCAGUGAAAUGGAAAAAGACUUUCCAGAGCUUAUCAGAAGUGUGGGAUUACUGGCAGUAGCAACAGAUUCAAUUGCUUCCAAAUGUAAUGAAAGCAUUAAUGGGAAAGAAAUCCAUUUACCCCUGGCAACAAGCCACCAGGAAAAAGAACAGUGUUGCAAAAUAUCUCCAGCUGUAAUCUCCACUGAACUUUCAAUCUCUCAUAUUUCUGGGAACUUGCCUCUUUGUAAAACCUUUUGUGUGGAGGGGUCUGUUGAAUCAUCUGAUGGCAACGCUGUCAUUGAAUUAGUGAAACAGGAACUCAGUCCUUUGCCCUCCAGUGGAGGAAGAGGCAAACAUUGUCUUCAUGGUGAAAACACAACUCCCAAGAGAUCAAUAAGAGAUUGCUUUGAUUAUAAUGAGGAUUCUCCCACACAACCCACAUUGCCCAAGAGAGGUUUGUUUCUCAAAGAUGAUAUAUUUAAAACAGACAUGAUGGUCAAUGAUAUAAAAAAUCAGAUAUCACUGAUGUUUAAGACAGAGAUAAGUAGGAGCACACCCUCACUGUUAGAUCCUCCAGACAGAUCAAAACUUUGCCUGGCUUUACAAACAGCUUACAACAAAUGUCCCUCUGCCAUUAGUCAGUCGUGUGAUUGUUUACACAACAUAAGUGACCAGAAUCUCAAAUACACAAUUCAGAAUCACUUGAAGGAAAAUUCCAUGGGUCUAGGUAAGUCUACCGAUAGUAUGAGAAGAGAGAAACUGAGGAGCAAGAAAUCACAUGACAUUCCUGAGGAGGUGGCAUCAUGCAGGAUAUCUGGAAUUGUAUCAGAUGCUACUUCUACAAAGCAGAUGAAUAUAAAAGGACUCACUGCUUUGCGGAAUGGAAUUCCUUUUGGUAGCUUGCAGUCCAUAGAAGGAACAGAAAGUGACUCCACCUCCACAUCUUCUGAUCCUUGCAAAAAGCAGGAACUGAAUGGCCAAUGCUACUCUGAAAGAGAUUCUGCUUCACCCGUCCAUAGCCAGGUUAGUGGCUCUUCAGCUGCCUCAGAGUCUGCAGUGUCUUCAUCCCCAGUUCUCCCAAGAAAUGAGUGUGAAAAGACCCACUCAUCUUCACCAAGUUCUGUCAAUAUAGAUGGCAAAGCUGCUGAAGCAUGGUAUGGUUCUGAUGAAUACUUAGCACUUCCGUCGCACCUCAAACAGACUGAAGUAUUAGCUUUAAAAUUAGAAAAUCUGACAAAAUUGCUUCCUCAGAAGCCUCAAGGAGAAACUAUUCAAAACAUUGAUGACUGGGAACUCUCAGAAAUGAACUCAGAUUCUGAGCUUUACCCAACAUAUCAGAUCAAGAAGAAGCACAAACGAUUGGGUAGAGUUUCACCAAGCUCUUCAAGUGACAUAAUAUCCUCAAUAGGAGACAGCAUUGAAUCUGGACCUCUUAGUGACAUUCUUUCAGAUGAAGAACUUUGCACAUCUGCAUCUAGCAUUAAAAAAUACCUAGAAACCAGACCAGGAAAACCAUCAGUAACUCAGUCCUCUGAUAAAAAUGAAAUAUGUACUACUAAUAAAUCAAAAUUAAUUCAGCAGCUACUUCAAGAUAUACAGCACCAGGAUAAUUAUGAAAUUAUAUGGGAAAAAAUGGAGGGAUUUGUAAGCAAGCUGGAUGAAUUCAUUCACUGGUUAAAUGAGGCAAUGGAAACAACUGAGAACUGGACUCCUCCCAAGGCAGAAACAAACAGCCUUAAACUCUACCUGGAAACACACUUGAGUUUUAAGCUGAAUGUAGAUAGUCACUGUGCUUUGAAGGAAGCUGUUGUAGAAGAAGGACACCAACUUCUUGAUCUUAUAGUAUCUCACAAAUCAGAAGAACUGAAGGACAUGCUGCAGAUGAUUGCAAGUCAAUGGAAAGAACUACAGAGGCAAAUAAAACGACAACACAGCUGGAUUCUUAGGGCUCUGGGUAUCAUCAAAGCAGAGAUACUGGCUACUGAUGUGUCUGCAGAGCAUGAGGAAGGGACUGAGAGCCCCAAGGCUGAUGUUCAGCUAUGCUAUCUGGAAGCACAAAGAGAUGCUGUUGAACAGAUGUCCUUAAAGCUGUACAGCGAACAGUACAACAGCAGUAGCAAGCGAAAGGAAGAAUUUGCGGAUAUGUCAAAAGUUCACACAGUGGGAAGUAAUGGCCUUUUGGACUAUGAUUCAGAAUACCAGGAGCUCUGGGAUUGGCUGAUUGACAUGGAAUCCAUAGUGAUAGACAGCCAUGACCUGAUGAUGUCAGAGGAGCAGCAGCUGCAUCUUUACAAGAGGUACAGUGUUGAAAUGUCAAUCAGACACCCCAAAAAGAUGGAACUGCUGAGUAAAGUUGAAGCUUUGAAGAGAAGCGGUGUGUCACUGCCCGAUGAUCUCCUUGAAAAAGUGGAUUCAAUUAAUGAAAAAUGGGAACUGCUUGGGAAAACCCUGGGAGAGAAGAUCCAAGACACAAUGGUAGGGCACAGUGGGUUAGGUCCACGUGACCUGCUUUCGCCUGAAAGCGGCAGCCUGGUAAGGCAGCUGGAGGUCAGGAUCAAAGAGCUGAAAGGGUGGCUGAGAGAUACGGAGCUUUUUAUCUUCAAUUCCUGUCUGAGGCAAGAAAGUGAAGGAACAAUGAAUGCUGAGAAACAACUGCAAUACUUUAAGUCCCUCUGUUGUGAAAUUAAGCAGCGACGUCGAGGAGUAGGCUCGGUGUUGCGUUUGUGUCAGCAUCUCCUUGAUAAUCAAGAUACCUGCAAUCUGAAUGCAGAUCACCAGUCGAUGCAGCUGAUCAUUGUAAAUCUUGAAAGGAGAUGGGAAGCCAUCGUCAUGCAAGCUGUCCAGUGGCAAACCAGAUUACAGAAAAAGUUAGCAAAAUAUCCAGAGUCCCUGAAUGUUAUUGAUCCUGGCUUAAUGGAACUAAGUGGCACAAGUGAAGAUGCUCUAGAAUGGGAUGAAAUGGACAUAAGUAAUAAACUAAUAAGCAUUAAUGAGGAAUUCAGUGAGUUUGAUCAAGAACUGAAGCAGGAUGACACAAAGCUGAACUUUCCAGCUAAAGCAUGUGCUGUUAAUACCAGCCCAAAGCAAGAAGGAAAUCCUAGUAAACAAGAAAAUUGUCUUGACAGCUCAGAUGUUACAGCUACACCAGGUCCUCAGGUCUACCAAGUGUACACUCUCCACAAUGUGGAAUUAUCAGAACAAAAUCAUAUCUCUCUUGUGAAAAAGGGAUCAAAUCCCCCCAGUCUUAGAAAACCAGAGGUUUCAAAUAAACACACCAGUAAGGACUCUUCAUUGUCGCCCUCCAAACAUUUACCAGGUAGCACCACUUUGACAAUACCACAGAAUUAUAUGUAUCACAGUGGAAAUGUAAACAGGCAUUCUGACAGUCAGAAUAAAAUAGGCAAUGAAAACGAAGCAGAAGCUAUGACCAGUUCUGAAAUCCCUUGGCUAGGUGAUACUAAUGAGAUGCAGGAGAAGUCUAUAAUUAACAUUUCACAUUCCCAGUUAGGGAAUAUAGUUGAUGCAAUAAAAGAAAACUUUAAACAGGAGGAUGGAGAGAACCAUAUUCAUAACUUGUUAACUACUUCUCAGUCAAACUGUUGUGACAAAGAUAAAGAUCUGGACAGUAUUACCCAAAAUGACUCCCAGAAUGCAGAAGAGUUACAACAAGGAAAACACAAUGUCUUUACAUUUUAUGAUUAUUCAUAUCUUCAGGGUUCAAAGCUUAAGCUACCAAUGGUAAUGAAGCAAUCACACUCAGAAAAAGUAGACAAACAAGGUAGUUUACUUCAUGGGUUUUAUUUUGAUAAAAUCCCCUUAAAAUCUGAACAUCAUCCUGUGGAACCAAAAGGACACACAUCUACUGAAAAGCUUGCAUUCCCAACUCAAUUAGAUGAUACAGAGCCCAAAUGCUGUGAAUUUGUGGAGGAUCUGAAGAAACUAAGUGACACAGGAAAUGCAAAACAGCUUUCAGCUUUAUCUCAUAGCUCUUCUUUAGACUCGCUUUCUGUGACAAAUGAUUUGUUUGGCUCAACUAUUUUUAGAAGUGGAGAUGGUCUUCAUCGUAGUACUUCCUUGGAGAGUUGGUUAACACCCUACAAAAGCAAUGAAGACCUUUUCAGCUGUAAUGGCUCUGGAGACCUAAGUGGAAGUAGCGAUUCUGUUGGAGAACUUAGCAAAAGGACGUUGGACCUUUUGAAUCGUUUAGAAAAUAUCCAGAGCCCUUUAGAUCAAAAAAUAAAACGCAGCAUCUCUGACAUCACACUCCAAACCACUUCUCAAAGAAUGUCCUUGACUGGCCAGUUAUCAUUAGAUAUUGCAUCUUCUAUCAAUGAAGAUUCCCCUGCAUCUCUGACUGAGUUAAGCAGCAGUGAUGACCUGUCUUUGUGCUCUGAAGAUAUUGUAUUGCACAGAAAUAAAGUACCAGAUUCAAAUGCAUCAUUCAGAAAACAUCUCAAUCACUCUGUAGCUGAUGAGAGUGAUGUCAACGUUAGCAUGAUUGUUAAUGUUUCCUGUACCUCCGCUUGCACGGAUGAUGAAGAUGACAGUGAUUUGCUAUCAAGUUCUACCCUCACCCUGACUGAGGAAGAGCUGGGCAUUAAAGAUGAAGAUGAUAACUCCAGUAUUGCAACUGAUGAGGAUAUUUAUGAAGACUGCAAUUUAAUUUCAGGACUUGACUACAUAAAGAAUGAACUCCACACUUGGAUCAGACCUAAAUUUUAUCUGACAAAGGAGAAAAGAAGGAGCAACUUGGAUGAGGAAAUCCAAGGCUGUAAGGAUGUACGAAGUGACAAGACACUGAAAGCAAAAAAUUCAUUGAGCAUUGAAAAAUUUUUGAAUGAUUCCAUAUGUACACUUAGGGAAAAUAAUGGCAACAGUAAGGAUACAUGUGAUAGUCAUGAACCAGGUACUAAAAGGCAAAUGAAAGUUUCCCAAGAUCAUUUAGUGGACGAUAUGGAAAAUGGAAAUGUUGCAAUUACUCAUGAAAGUCCCAAAGAAGAACUUACUCAGAUAUCAACUAUGAAUGUUAGUACACUCGAUAGUAAGGAAAGUGAAAAUGACUGUUGUAUCGGUGAAGUAUUUACUGAUAGUUCAGAUGAUUCACAUAUAGAUGGUAAGGAGUCUGUUCAAGUGUCAGAUAUACUGAGUUCUCGAAGAGAAUAUAAAAAGCAUCUUCUUUUGGAUGGCUGUUCCCUUAAAAAAUCUUUCACAGAAUUUGAUUCAGAUGUCAGAGAUACAGAUACAGCAAUAUCUAAUAUAGCAUUACUGAAAUCAGUGCCAAAUAUUCAACAAAGCAGAAAAGGAAUUAGUGAAUACAGCAGUGAUUGCUGUGAAUCUUUAAAAUCGAAUGAAGCAGAAAAAAAUGUAUUGGUUGGCAGUAGUGAUUCAGGUUGUAACUGUGAAUCAGCUACUUUUGAUAAAAGAAAUGGGGAAGAUUGCUCAGUGCAUAAUUUUGUCAUGGAGAUAAUUGAUAUGGCCUCAACAGCACUAAAGAACAAGUCACAGCCUGAAAGUGAACUUGCUGUUCCACACUCAUUAGCACAGAUCAGAGAAAAGGUUCUAGAACAUUCUCACAGGCCAAUCCAACUUAGAAAGGGGGAUUUUUAUUCUUAUCUUUCACUCUCUUCUCAUGAUAGUGACUGUGGGGAAGUAACAAAGUAUGUUGAAGAAAAGAGCAGUACACCAGUACCACUGGACUUUGCAGAAAACAUUGAAUGCUUUUUUGAAGCAUGUCCUGAAGAAGAAAGAGUUGAGCAGCAAGAAUAUGUUGCUAAUGAAGAAGCUGGAGUUGCUUUAGCAAAAUAUGAAGCUCUGGAUUUAAUAGAGGGACCUGAAAAAUCUGGUGAUUGUAGUGGCUUUUCUUUCUUAGGACAAGAGACAGAUAUACGCAUGCCAAGCUGUUUUAGUCAGAUGGUUUCAGAUAAUUUUAAAAAUUCUGCUAGUAAAUGUUUGAAUUUGGACAUUUCUAAUGAAAGUCCAGGCUUGAAUUCCCUUCCAAUUAACUCUAAAGAAAUUGAACCAGAAAAGUCACUUGGAACUGAAAAAUCAAAAGAAGAUCUUGACUCUUCUCUACAAGCCUCAACUGAAACCAUUCAGUUAAAACCUGAUAACCUGAAGGACAUUUUGCACCAGGACACUCAAACUCUUACAUGUGAAGAAAAUCUCCUGCAUCUUCACAAAGAAAGGCACAUAAAUACACAGAGAUAGAAUGUAACCCACUCUGGACACACGUACACAUUAUUUCAUAAUCAGAAACUUGGCUGCAUUUCAGGUGCAGACUUAUCCUCUAAACCCUGCGAUGACCUCUAAUUCCAUUGUAUCACUGCCUUUUGUUACACUUGACUCCCAAGAUGAAUUUUCUUUCCAAAUGUGAUUUGUUCAUGUUGGCUUUUGUGACCAGGAUGCAUAUGCUGGUCAUUUUUCAAUUAUCAUUUUGCUUUGUGGCAAAACCAUUUGCUUCCAUAUGGAUUUUUCUCCCAAGCUACCUCUUAACAGGCCACCCCUCCAAAUCUGUAUGACUUCUCACCCAGUAACUUUUUAAAAAAUGAUUUUGGAGUUCCUUGAUGUAUCUGUUCCACUAGCUCAAAACUGUAAAUGUCAUUAAUUCUCCUAUUUUAUGUAUCAAAUUUGGUAUUUUCUGUGUAUAAUGCAUAAUUGUUUCUUGAAAAUAUUUUAUGUUUAGAAUGGAAGCUUUAUUUGAUUGUAGCAAAAGGAAGAGAAUGGAUUCUCAUUCAACAUAACUCAAGUUGCAUAAAAUAAAUACAAAUUUAUCCUUUAGUUGUGGUUGUUUUUUUAAAAAAAUCUAUGCAACACGUCAUAAUACAGCUACACACAGUGUUGUAUAUUAAGAACUGUUAACACUCUACUGAAUUAAAUACAACAGUUUGGUUUUCUACUAUGCUUCUUGAGGUGGUAAUCAGAAAAGCCCCCCCCCCCCAUUUUUAAAAAUGGUGCCUUGCUGUAUUUCUUAUACCAUUUAUUAAAAAUCUGCUUUCACAGUAAAAUUGUUGGUUUGAAGAAAGGACAUAGCAAGGUGUGAAUAAACUCUGUAUAUAUGUAUAACCAAGUGCAAACAUUGAUGUAUAAUGACAGUAUAAAAUGCUUUAAUGUUUGUGAUGCCCAGUGGUGUGGAAAACAUAAGCCUUAAAAACCACUAGAUUGCAUGAUAAUUAGAACUGGCAUAAUAAACACAGUU